UAGAUAAAUAUCUAAUUCAAGUAAUUAAUGUAGGAGUUAAAAAUAAUUCAGACUUAAUGGGUGCUAGUAUUGGAUAUAUGUCAUCAUUUAUAGGAGAAUAUAAAAAGAAACGGGCUUUAUUUGUUCAAACAGUUGAAUCAAAUUAUUCAUGCCAAGUUGCUAUAUAUCAAUUUAGUCAAGACCCAGUAUUAUUUCUAAAUACAAAUCCGAACAAUGUAUGGGAAAAA